UUGCCAUUGCUAAUUUUAUCUGCCAGCCCCCUAUCAGCAAAACCCACCUUUCUUAUCCGAACCCGCAUUACCAAAUAAUCGCCACCAAGAGCAAACCACUUUAAAUCUCAAGUCUUCUCGAGGAUAUACCACACACUUCUUUUUACCCCACGAGGACUUUAGCCACUUUUUAUAUUAUUUGUGCACUCUAGUUCAACAUGCAACUCUCACUCUCUAUCCUUACCUCCAUUGCCUUGGCUAUAACCUCGGUCAAUGGUGCAGUUCACUCUGCUAAAAUCCAAAAGAUCCCAGUUGAGGAAUCCCUUGGUGCCGCUCAAUUCUCUGAUUACACCAGUGCAUUGGCCACCAAGUAUCUCAACCAAUUUAACGCUGCUUCUGGCGGUCCAGGUAUUGCCUUUGGUGAUGACAACAGCAACGUCAAUGGUGCUCAAAUACCAUUUGUUGACCAAACUGGCAAUGGUGGUGGUUCUGCCAAGACUCCAUUAACCAACUACCUCAAUGCUCAAUACUUUACUGAGAUUGAACUUGGUACUCCUCCUCAACAAUUUAAGGUCAUUUUGGACACUGGUUCCUCUAACUUGUGGAUUCCUUCACAAGAUUGUUCUUCUCUUGCUUGUUUCCUUCAUCAAAAGUAUGACCAUGACGCCUCUUCUUCUUAUAAGGCCAAUGGUUCUGAAUUCGCCAUCCAAUAUGGUUCUGGUUCUCUUGAAGGUUAUGUCUCUCGUGACACCUUGUCCUUGGGUGGUCUUACCAUCCCAGACCAACUCUUUGCUGAAGCCACCAAUGAACCAGGUCUUGCAUUUGCCUUUGGUAAGUUUGAUGGUAUUUUAGGUCUUGCCUACAACACCAUUUCUGUCAACAAGAUUGUCCCACCAAUCUACAAUGCCAUUGACCAAGGUUUGCUUGAUGCACAACAAUUUGCCUUCUACUUGGGUGACACCAAUAAGGAUGAAAAUGAUGGAGGUUUGGCUACUUUUGGUGGUUAUGAUGCUUCUGCCUUUACCGGUGACAUCACUUGGUUGCCAGUCAGAAGAAAGGCCUACUGGGAAGUUUCCUUUGAAGGUAUUGGUUUAGGUGACGAAUAUGCCGAAUUGACCUCCACUGGAGCUGCCAUCGAUACCGGUACUUCUUUGAUCACCUUGCCAUCUUCCUUGGCUGAAAUCAUCAACUCUAAGAUUGGUGCAACCAAGUCUUGGUCUGGUCAAUAUCAAAUUGAAUGUGAAAAGAGAGAUCAAUUACCAGAUCUUACUUUGAAUUUCGGUGGUCACAACUUUACCUUGUCUCCAUAUGAUUACACUUUAGACGUUUCUGGAUCUUGUAUUUCCGUAUUCACCCCAAUGGACUUCCCAGAACCAAUUGGUGAUUUGGCCAUUAUCGGUGAUGCCUUCUUGAGAAGAUAUUACUCCAUCUAUGACUUGAAGAAGAACGCUGUUGGUUUGGCCAAGGCCAAAUAACUAGUGUUUGAGCCUCAAAUGGGUGCCAAUAGUGGCGAUUUAGCAACUAUUAGUGCUGGUUAUUUUGGUUGCCUCGUGUGUAUCACGAUGUUAUUAAGUUUAGUUCUCGCUGGAAGAUGAAUUGCCUAUUUUAAAUUGAAAAUAAUAAAAGAAUAAU